AUGCAUUCCAAUUCUGUUUUGUUUGGCCUUUCUGCCGUUGCCAACCUCGCCUCGGCGACUGCGACUGUACGAACUCUGUAUCAGGGCAACGGCAGUACGACCUGGGUGGAGAACUUGCGGGUUAGGUCCAAUGGCAAUGUCCUUGCAACCCAGAUCGGCCCCCCCGCCAACCUCCUCUCCUUCGACCCAAGCCAGGAAGACCCAGAAGCUGUCCUCAUCAGCACGUUCCCCUCUAUCCUGGGCCUGAGCGGGAUUACCGAGGUCAGCCACGAUGUAUUUUAUAUCACAGGCGCCAACACUACAGGCUCGAACAUCUCCGACCCCCCCAAAAACGCCACCAAAGUCUGGAAGGUAGACUUUAACCAGGGGGACGGCAACAACCCGGCUAUCGAGCUUAUCGCCGAGCCUGUCCUCCCGCUCGUGACCGACUUCAACGGCCUGACCACGUUCAAUGAGACCAUCAUUCUGGCCUCCGCCACCUUCCAGGACACGGUCGUCGCCAUGAACGUUGACACCGGCGACUACUGGACCGCCUUCGAGGACUCCCUCAUGUCUUCGAUUAACGGUAUCAAGGCUGCCGCCGACGGCUACCUGUACUGGACCGGAUCGAGCGGUCUGGCACGUGCGCCUCUGUACGACAACCUGACCCUCGGCACUGCUGAGCUGAUAUACGAUGGCUCCUAUGAUGAUUUCGCCAUCUCGUACAAUGGGUUUGCUCUUGCACAGAACGGCACGAGGUAUGCGUACAUGGCAUCCAACGAGGACACUAUUCAGCAGCUCGUCUUUAACGACGUCACUGGAAACGUCAGCUCCGCCUCUGAUGUCGCGGGUACAACUAAUGCGACGGAGUGGGGCAAGUCAACUGGGUGCGAUUUUGGCCGUACCACUUGGCAGAAGAACAAGGUCUACUGCACAACGGGCGGCGUUUUGACCACUGGGUCGACCGUCGGCGGUCAAGUUUUCGAGAUAACCGUCUAUUAAAUAGCAAGGUAGAAGCGUUCAAUGCAUGAUAGCGGGUUUGUCCUUGUCAUGAAGGGGAUAUUAAAUAUAAAUCCUUUCCA